AUGGGCUCUCUCCCCAUUCCGACGCCGUCGCCCUCGCGGCUCUUCGAGCCACUCAAGCUCGGCAACGCGACGCUCCAACACCGACUGGUGAUGGCACCGUUGACGCGGUUCCGGGCCGACGAGUCCCACGUGAUAAUGCCCAUCGCCGCGACGCACUACAGCCAACGGUCCUGCGUCCCGGGGACGCUCCUGAUCACAGAGGCGACCUUCAUCUCUCACCGGGCAGGCGGCUACCUGAACGUCCCGGGGAUAUACACGGACGAGCAGAUCGCCAGCUGGAAGCAGGUCGUCGACGCCGUGCACUCCAAGGGCUCGUUCGUCUACUUACAACUAUGGGCGCUAGGCCGCACCGCGAACCCGGAGGUGGCGUCCGCAGAGGGGAUCGAGAUCGUGUCGAGUUCGCCCACCCCGGUCGUCAAGAGCGACAGCAGCAGCCACGGGAGCGGGAGCAGUGCGCCGACCCCGGUGCCGCGGGAGAUCCGCACCGACGAGAUCCAGGGCUGGGUCGACGACUACGUGACCGCGGCGCGCAACGCCGUCCACAAGGCCGGCUUCGACGGCGUCGAGAUCCACGCCGCAAACGGCUACCUGAUCGACCAGUUCACGCAGGACGUGUGCAACGUGCGCACCGACGAGUACGGGGGCAGCAUCCCCAACCGCUCGCGGUUUGGGCUUGAAGUCGCCCGCGCCGUCGCCGCCGCCGUGGGCGCCCACCGCACGGGCAUCCGUCUGAGCCCCUUCAGCACGUUCCAGGGCAUGAAGAUGCGCGAACCCCUACCGCAGUUCCUCAACUUCAUGGACGGGCUGAAAGAUCUCGGCCUCGCCUACGUCCACCUCGUCGAGGCCCGCAUCUCGGGCAACGCCGACGUCGAGACCACCGAGAAUAUAAAACCCCUGGUUACCGCCUGGGGAAACGCCUCCCCCGUGCUGAUCGCCGGCGGCUUCACCCCGGCAAGCGCCCGCCGCGCCGUAGACGAGGAAUACAAGGAUCAGGAUAUCGCCAUUGUCUUUGGCCGGCAUUUCAUCUCAACCCCUGACUUGGUCUUCAGAAUUGCAAACAACCUCCCCCUGACCCCAUACAACCGAGAUACCUUCUACACCCCAAAGUCUGAAGUGGGCUACAUCGACUACCCUUUCAGCGAGGAGUUUGUACAAGCACAAGGCAGGCUCUAG